GGCAAAGCAUGUGGGUCCAGGAGCACACGAGGUUUCAGUCUCGAGCUUCUUACAAGUGUAUUUCACGAGCUUGACAUAAAUGCGACUGUGAAUUGUGACUGUAUUUAUUUCUCGUUGAUGUUCGUUCUUUAAUUUAUUUAAUUAUGCAAGUCUAGUCGAAAUAGAAUCGCCAACACGUACUGUCCCAGGUAGCAGGAUGACGUCUAAAGACGUCUUAAUGACGUUUUAUUGACGUUAGAGACGCUAUUAUCUGGUACCUGGUAUAAGGUCGCACUAUGAUCUUAUAUUUCAUAGAUUAUAUUAGAUUGAUUAUAUUAGAUUGGUGUUUACAUGAAUAAAUAAUCGCAUAUACAUCAGAGUGACUAUGGGCUUUUCGAUACAAAAAACCACUGAGCCAAACUCAGAUCAUGCAAUUGCAGGCGCUGCCAGUGGAUUUAUAACGAGAUUUCUAUGUCAACCUUUGGACGUCAUAAAGAUUAGAUUUCAAUUGCAAGUUGAACCAAUUUCGAAGGAUCACGUUAGCAAAUAUAGAUCUAUGCCGCAAGCUUUCCUGCUAAUUUUAAGAGAAGAAGGACCUACCGCAUUAUGGAAGGGUCACGUACCUGCACAAUUUCUCUCGACUGUCUACGGGAUGGUUCAGUUUUAUUCCUAUAACAUAUUCACGAAAAUGUUGCAACGAGUUCCACAAAUUGAAGAAUGGCAUCACACGACGCAUUUCAUCGCCGGUGCUGGUGCUGGCAGCGUGGCGACGACCGUUUCGUUUCCCUUCGACACUGUGAGAACUAGAUUAGUAGCCCAAUCGAGUAAUCAUCGAGUGUACAAAGGAGUGUUACAUUCUUGCAGUUCGAUUCUUCGGCAGGAAUCACCGAGGGCCUUCUUUUCCGGUCUACUACCGACUUUGCUGCAAAUUGCUCCACACACCGGUCUGCAAUUUGCGUUCUACGGAUUCUUCACAGAUUUCUAUAAGAAAUACACCACCGGCACCGAUAUCAAUAUCUAUAAUUCCAUGUUAUCUGGUAGCACCGCUGGAUUGAUCGCUAAAACAAUCGUGUAUCCGUUCGAUCUCGCUAGAAAGAGAUUGCAGAUACAGGGUUUCCAGCACGGUCGUAAAGGAUUCGGCAAGUUCUUCCAAUGCAACGGAUUAGUAGACUGCUUGAGGGUGACGGUAAAAGAGGAGGGUGUGCGAGGUCUAUUCAAAGGCUUGGUGCCGAGUCAAGUGAAAGCCGCCACGACUUCGGCUCUACAUUUUACUACAUACGAACAAGUUUUAUUGCUAUUAAAGAUAUUACGAUAAUAGAGGCUCAAAUGGAGGGAGUAUA